AUGCGCAUUGAGGCCCAGGGAUCUUCUUUGGCCUCGUACGAUCGACGAUGGCUCGAGCACUUUUACCUCGUGGCUUGCGGGUAUAGUCCGUCCAAGGUGGUACCUAUAGCUUCGAAGCGCGCUGAACACGCCUCGCCAGAGUUUACACGUGUAACAGGCUUGUCAAACUGGCCGGCCAUUCAAGUUUUAUUCCCAACGCAGUCGUAUGUCGAGCAUGUGAGCGUCGAAGGCAGUAUGGGUGGCGGCUGCUUUUUUGGCAAGCCCGAGGAGUUUCGUAAGCGUGGUCUUCGUUGCUUGUAUGCACAGCCUGUCUCAUCUCGAGGUCAUUUGUUAAUGCAUGCAAAAAGUCUUUUGGUUACAAAUCAUGAUAAUUCAUGCGGCUACGUAUACCUUGGUAGCCACAACUUUACUCGUGCUGCUUGGGGCACUAUCUCAGGCACACAGGCACAACCAACACAAUCACUAAGUAACUGGGAACUCGGCAUCGUGCUCCCUCUCACGGAAUAUGAUGCGUGGGAUGCUAUUCCCUAUAACCGACAUAUCGAGCCAUACGGUGCUGACGAUAUUCCCUGGGAUGCAAGUAAUUUGUUGACGUGA